AUAUAGGCCGACACCUAAAAAUAAAUAACUCGUAUAUAAAUCCUAAUCUUUAAAUCCUUCGUUGACUUUGCUUAACGCUCGGACAGCUUGUAAAGUUUAAGAUGAUAUCGUGCUUUAUGAUUUUAAUUAUCUUAAAAAAAUAAGACCAAUUAAGACAAAACGCACUUUAAUGUGAUCUGAUUUGGUCUUUAUUCAAUAGAGAGAUCGACAUGCAAAAGUGUCCGUUCGAGGGUCUUCUAUGUUCUAACUCAUCAACAAGACUCGAACAAACUCAAUACCAUUACCACUCUCUGUCUCUCUCCAUCUCUCGGAAUCGUCCAUGGGUUCGGAAUUGGAGCUAUUAACAGCCAUUCGUAAAAUAAAAUAUGUCUUAACUUGCCCACCCGGAGAUGAGGAUGAAGAAUGGGCGAAGCAAUGGAAGUUCAUACCACUCAUGAUUCAAAUAAUCUCCCUGGUGAAGUCAAUGGAUUUGGAUUCAUCAGAACCGGAACCGGAGUCGAAGCACCUCAUAUCCCUCAUUAACCAAACAAUCUCAGUCGGCAACUCUAUACCGGAUUCACUAGAACCGGAAUCCCAAUUGGUAUCGUUUGUGACUCGAUCGAUCCCUCUCAUCGGUUCCAUGGAGGACUCGUCGGAUGAGCCGCCACAAGAGCUGACGUCACUCCUUUGUCAAAUGUACACGUUUUUAAAAUCUGUGAGUUUUUUAGCGGCGGAGGAUUCAGAGCUUUCAUCACUCAUUCUUCAGAUCAUCUCUUUCGCCCGCUCCACAUUACAUAAGAUGAAGAAGGAGAAGAAGUUGUUAUUACCGGACCCAAAGCAGCUAUUACCACUCAUACAGAAUCUAAUGUCUCUCACCGUCUAUGACUGGAAAAGUACAUUGCCUGAUAAAAUGAAGUCAAGGCUCGUAACAGCCAUUAUUAGAAUCAUCACUCUGCUCAACUCUACCAAUUUAAAUUUGGAUUCACUGCAGAACCAAGAACCGGAGCUGACGUCACUCAUCUCUCAGGCCAUCUCACUCUUCAACUCUAUGGAUUUUGAUUCCUUGCCGGAUACGCUAAAGGAUCUCAUAUCAUCCCUUUUUCAACUAUAUAUGCAUUCCAUCUCUUCUGAUUCAGAUUCAGAUUUGGAAUAUGCCCUGGAGGAUUUGAAUGUUAUGUUACUCCUUGAUGAAACACUGAAGUUGGAGCCGGAGCAGGAGCUCAUAUCACUCGUUCUUAAAAUAGUCUCUCGCGCCUUUUUUAUCUAUCCGGGUUGGAAUAAGCUUCUUUGUUUAUGCCCUCAAGUACAAUUAAGAUUGGAACAAGGAACGUUUCGAGUGAUUGAGAGGACCACCAAUUACAACAAGCUGACGUGCCUCCCUCCACAGUGGGUAAUUUUCAAGUUUGCUAGAGACGGCGUACAAGCUUCCCAUUUUCUCUGUGAGGGUUGCAAUGGCAAGGAUCAUCAAGAAUAUGAAAAGGCUCCUGUUGAGAUCAAACACUCUCUUCAUCCUAAACAUUCUCUUCAGCUUGUUUCCUUUGAGGACAGGGAAACCAGGAGAUUUCUUCCGCUUCUCACCUUGGACUUGAAGGAUAACGAAAACAGGGCAUGUUAUUGCUGUGAUGAGUUUCUCGAGCAGGUGUUUUAUUACUGCUCCGCUUGUGAUUUUGCUAUUCGUUUUGCUUGUGUGCAAAAACAACCACGUCUCUUCCCUAUGGACCAUCCCAAGUGGCACGAGCAUACACUUGCUUUGUUCCCAAGUCAGGCUCCCUUUCCUUGCAACCUUUGUGCCUUGACACAUUCAUCAAGCUGUCCUUUCUAUAUAUGUCCCCCUUGUGACUUUGUGGUCCAUCAAAGCUGUCUCAACUUACCACAUCUCAUAAGGAUAUCUCGACAUCCUCAUCGUAUCUCUUUCACCUAUUCUUUCGACCAAGGAGAUUGGUCUUGUGGUGUUUGUCGCAAAAAGAUGGAUAAUGAUUACGGGGGCUAUUCUUGCGUCAAGGAUGGUUGUUCCUAUGCGGCUCAUUCCAAGUGUGCCACACAAAGCAAUGUGUGGGAUGGCAUAGAACUUGAGGGAGUGCCUGAAGAAAUCGAAGAAGAACUUGAGCCAUUUGUGACGAUAAGUGAUGGAGUCAUACAACAUUUCAGCCAUCAACAUCAUCAUUUGAGACUUGAUGAGAACACGGAUAGAGAGUACGAUGAGGAUAAGCUAUGUCAAGCAUGUGUCAUGCCAAUCUAUUUCGGUAACUUCUACUCUUGUAUGCAAUGUGAGUUUAUUCUACACGAGACGUGUGCAAAUCUUUCUCGCAAAUUAUAUCACCCGAUACAUCCACAUCUACUCACUCUAGUGGAAAAAUAUGAAGGUUUUAUGGGAAAUAGUGAAAAUAAAUGUACAGCUUGUUCUCGCGAGUGCAAAACUGGUUUCUUCUAUGAAUGCGGUGAAGAAGGAUGUUCUUUCCAUCUACAUGUGCAGUGCGCCACAGUUUCUGAGCCAUUAGACCACGAAAGUCAUAUGCAUCCUUUAUUCUUAACAUCCAAACCGGGAGAGCGAAGAAUUUGUUCGGUUUGCAAAGAGACAGAGUCAAGACCUUCUUCCCCUUCCACAGAUGAAACAUUCAAUUGCAUUGAGUGUGACUUUGUUUUGUGUUUCAAAUGUGCCACUUUACCUCAAAAGGUGAGGUAUAAGUAUGAUAAGCAUAUGCUUACUCUUUCUUAUGGGGAGGAGACAACUCAGACAAGUACCAUGAUGAUGUCUUGGUGUGAAGUCUGCGAGCUGGCAAUAAAUCAUAAGGAGCGGUUUUACGCGUGUGAUGAGUAUUGUUGUGUCACACUACACGUUGAAUGUAUGCUUGGAAAGGACUUAUAUAUGAAGGCUGGCUCAACGUGGAAUAUUAACGACCAGUGUCGUCCGAUACAUGUUCUACCCAACAAUCAGCACAUGUUUCGACCUAUUUGUUACGAUUGUAAGAAGCGGUGUCUACACAAAUUAGUUUUUUUAUUGGACCCUGAAAUAGUAUUUUGUUCCAUAUUUUGUUAUUGGCAGAUGUUCCUGAAUGAAUAAGAGGGGAUUUAAU